CCCUUCAAACGGGAAACAAGAUGGCGGCGGCAGGUCCGAGUACUCGGGCCUCUUCCGCGGCGGCAGCGGCAGCUCUGAGUCGGCGGGGCCGACGGGGCCGCUGUGACGAGAUGGCGGCAGCCAAGACUGGGGCCCCGGGCGCGGCCUCUGGUCCCCCGUUGCUGGUGUUGCCGCCGCCGCUGCUGCAACCGCCGCCACCGCCGCGGCCGGAGGAGUCGGGCUGCGCCGGGUGUCUGGAGACCCUGGGCGAAGCUGCGGCCCUGCCGUGCGGCCACUCGCUGUGCCGAGGCUGCGCCCAGCGCGCCGCCGACGCAGCGGGCCCCGGUUGCCCGCGCUGCCGUGCCCGCGGCCCGGGUUGGGCCCGCCGUCGGGCCCGCGACGACGGCCAGGCCGACGCGGAGGUGCAGAGCGAGCGCGCCCGCCGCGGCCAGCCGGAGCGCUGCCGCCAGCGCCGGGACGGGGGCGCGGCCGCCGCGGGGUCCAGGCCGGAGCAGGAGCCGCGCGCCGCGGCCACGGAGCCAGAGUUUAUAUUCAGAGCACCAAUCAAAUUAAGCAAGCCUGGGGAACUUCGUGAGGAAUAUGAAAGCCUGAGAAAGCUGAGAGAAGAAAAGUUGCAAGAGGAGAAAACCUCUGAAGAUCAAAUCCACAAGCUGUUAUCAGAGGAUACAGAAACAGGGAAAAGAAAAAUGGAUGAACAGAAGAAGAGAGAUGAGCCAUUAGUACUGAAAUCAAAUCUGGAACAUUGUCCUGCACGCCUCUCAGAUUCAGAGAACGAAGAACCUUCCCGAGGCAAGAUGACACAGACACAUCGCUCGGCAUUUGUUUCCAAGAACAACUCCUACUCCUUAGCUUUCCUGGCAGGGAACCUAAAUUCCAAGGUGGAAAGGAGUCAGAGCUGCAGUGACACAGCUCAGGACAGAGCGAAGAGCAGACUCAGAGCAGCCCCAACAAGCAAAACCAAGGUCACAGCUAUAACCCCAGCCUCCAACCCCAUCAUUGGUGUCCUCUUGUCCACUCAGAACAACCGCUGCCUCUCAGCCCCUGACUUAACCGUUGAAAAGCGUCUACCCUUCAGCUCCCUCUCAUCCUUGACUUCCCUGCAUAAGCCCGAGCGCUCCAUCAGUCCUGAGAGCAAUGACAGCAUCUCCGAAGAACUAAACCAUUUCAAGCCCAUUGUCUGCUCACCAUGUACUCCUCCCAAGAGACUCCCUGAUGGCCGAGUGCUAAGUCCCCUCAUCAUCAAAUCAACACCCCGCAACCUAAACAGAAGCCUGCAGAAGCAGACUUCUUAUGAGGCUAGUCCAAGGAUCCUCAAGAAGUGGGAACAGAUCUUUCAGGAGCGGCAGAUCAAAAAGACCCUUUCCAAAGCCACCCUCACCUCCCUGCCUCCAGAAACAGGGGAAGACUCACUGGUCUCUGAAGUUAUCCAUUCUAACAAGGAGAAGCCACCUCAGGCUUUAAAUACAAGACUGGCCAGUGGGCAAGUACUCUCUGAGUGUGUAGGACCCACCCUCACUGACCUUGAUUUUUUCCCCUCCGUUAGCCAAACAAAAGUGGAACAGGGCAGCGAUAGUAAAAGGAGCUCUGAGAUCCCGUUGGAAACCUGCUGUUCCUCAGAACUUAGAGUGGGAGCCAGUGGUACUUUGGAGACGGAGCAGAGUGAAGGGCCGGGGCCAACCCCAGAUGCCAAGUUAGACAAAACCUGUAUAAGCGCAACCAUGAAAAUCUCGGCAGCUCAUUCAGCGCUACCCAAAAAUAGUGUUCUGGGUGGGGUCCUCAAAACAAAGAAGCAGCUGAAGACAGCAAAUCAUUUUGAUCUGCCUAAUGGUGUGCUGGCAGACAGCCGAGGUGAGGAGCCGCUUCCUUCCUUGCGUCGGGGCCGGAAAAGACACUGUAAGACCAAGCACUUGGAACAAAAUGGCUCCCUUAAGAAACUGCGACAGAGCGGUGGUGAGGUGGUCCUGGCCCCGGCAGAGCCGGUGCUGCGGGAGAUGGAGCAGAAACUGCAGCAAGAGGAAGAGGACCGGCGGCUGGCUCUGCAGCUGCAGCGCAUGUUUGACAACGAGAGGCGGACUGUGAGUCGGCGAAAAGGAACCGUGGAUCAGUAUCUCUUACGGUCCAGCAACGUGGCCGGGGCCAAGUAGCACCUAAUGAACAGUGUUACCUAUUUUUAAGAGGUCUUUGGGCUUGAUCAUUUAUCCUGAAGAGCUGAGUGUUCUCACUUUGGGUUUCUUUCAAUGGCAAAACACUGUCUGAUACAGUUCUGGGAGGUUCCGGGGCCUUCGUAGUCCAUGUCCAAGGGAACUGUGUCUCUGCCUCCCUGCGACCGAGGCCAGAAGCACUCCUCACCCCAAAGUGACCUGUCCCUGAGGGCUCCUGGGCCAAAUCGGGCAGCACCCACUUGGAAUGAGAUUCAGGAGCACAGUGGCCAGAGUUACAAAUGGUAGAGGAAUGAGGGGGGAUACCUUCUUAAACCGACAGACCUCCUGACUUCUUUCAACAGGGUGUUAUUUUAAAUCAGCCUUGCAGAUAAACAUUACUUCCAUCUGUGUCGUAGAAGUGGAUCUGCGUUUUGGCAGAUUCCAAAAUGAUUGUGUUCCCCCUUCUCCUUAUCCAUGCCGCAAGUAAAUGUACCUACUGAAAUUGGUUGAGUUUUUCCCUUCUACAAAAGUUAAUUUACCUUCCCUGUUUAAAAGUAACGUUUGAUUAAUGCUAUAUAGUUGACAGACCACAUUGAGUCACUGUUGGAUUUGGUCUUCUCAGGAGUGCUAACAUGUAAGCGGUGUGAGCCCCAUUUUAGAUGAUGGAGCUGCAGGGCAUGUGUUCAGAUUCUCUCAUUUACUAGGUGGAACAUCCCAGACUGACUGUUGGGUCUCCCGACAAGAAAUCCCAUAGAUUUUCCACACUGACAGGUUGCUGUAAUGGAUUGUGACCCAAGGAGCCUAGGGAAACUGGCUGGGCAUGUGAAUACUGAUUGUGCAAAAUCCAUAGGCAGAUCAUUGAGAUUGACGGGAAGUACAAAUAUUAUGCAGUUAUCUUCCCUUCUCCCGGCACAGUUUACCCUUUUGUUUUCUUGGGGGUGGGGCGGGGGAGACAAAGUACAGUUGAGCUUCCUUACUACUCUCUACGUGUCCAAGAGUUAUCUGCAAUGUUGAUCUAAAAUACAAAACAAUUGCCCAGAAGUCAGGUAAGAGCAAUGCUGAAACUCCAUACUAUGGAAACAAGGUAUCUAGCUGGAUGCAGCUGGUAAAUUCAGUCCCAUGGACCUUUGGGGUUUAUUUUCCUUAGCAGCUGACACCAUGUGUCUUUUGCAUCCCUGGUGGUGCUUGGUGCUUCUGCCCGUCUGGGCUCAUUGAGAAUAGGGAUUAAGAUAUGAUUUUAGGGAAUCUCAGAUGGGCUGGCGUUCCCUGUGCAUGUAUGAGCUGUUACUAUAAAGUCAUGUGACUGGCAUUUUAACAAAGGCUUUAGAGCUUCUAUAUCCCAGUGUAUGUUGUCUCCCUUGAGUGGCCCCAGCAAGAUACCACAUAGUUGUCUAAUGAUGUUGCCAUUGGCAAAAACAUUUCUGGAACUCUCCUCAAAGUCUAGAAACGUCUAGAAAUAUAGACUCCUAAAAUGUUAGAAUUGGAAGGGACCUUAAAGGUCAUCUAUUCCAACCUCCUCCUCUUACUGAGGCAGAAGCUAAGAUUUGGAAUGGUGACUCACUGAUUACUAGGGAUUUAUUACAUCACCUUCUUUUGAUUCCUCCUGGGAGAUUUGCCCCUUCUUCUCUGGACAAAUCUUUAAUCUUUUGUGGUUAUAGAAGGGAGAAUUUUAAGUUUGAAACCAGUCAGAGGCUAUUUGAAGCCUCUGGAAGAGAAGGUAGGUCAAGAGGGUUUGGAGUUAUAGAUGAGGUACAGCCAUAAAGCAGCUAUUUUCUUCUGCUCCUAAACAGUUCCCAGAGAGACGUUCCAGAGAUGUCUUAAGCAUUCUGGUCAUCAUGGAGAUAUGUGGAGGCUCCUCAGUGACUACGUUGGUGGGAGUGUCACUCGAAUGGGAAGUUCUGAGAGGUUGGAGGAUCAAGGUCAUUCUGAUGGGAAGUCCAAGAAAUGCGGUGCCCUGGGAAGGGGGAGCUCAGCCCUUUUCCAUAGAGUGGGAGAGACACUUUGGGAACAUGCUCAUGACCCGUUGAUUGUAUCUGCUGGAAGAAGUCAUCUGGGCCUGUUGGGUUGGUGUCAAAUCAGGCGAUUAAGCAUCCAGCCCUUGGCCCCUUUCGUAUAAUUGCCUCUUUUUAAAAGGUUAAUUCGCCUUGGCUGAAGCUUCCCAGGAAAACCCUUUGUAAGUGGCUUCAUUUAUUUUUUUAAUUUAAUUUUUAGACUUUUGUCUGGAGGAAGAACUGGUGAUGAAUGCCUUCUGUUUUUGUUUUGUUUUUUUCUCAUUUUUCCUAAAAGAAAAAAAUGCCCUUAAGGAUUAAAGCUGCUUAAUUAAUUGCUGUCUGAUUACAAAGUGACAAACUAAGAUGGGAAACUGCCACUGUGCUUGACUGGUGAAGCUGAUGACCGAAGGCUGUGCCGUUCAUUCUUUCUGUUCCAUUCAGACAUUCCUGAGCUUCGUUCGAACUUGUGCCAACCCUGUGCUGGGUCAUGGAGAUACAAGGAUGGAAAGGACAGUCCCUGCUCCUAAGAAGCUCAGCCGCUAAUGGAAUGUAUUUGAAGGUAUAUGUGGCUGGAGAGUUUGUUCAUGCUCGUGUGAAAGGCCACUUCUUCAUAGUGAUGAUCUUGGAUGGAGUCAUUUGAGAUACUGUCCAGCACCUGACAGGCUGCACUGAACAUUUUAGACACCCCCAUCAGUAUUUCUCAAUUUGAUUGCAACACUGCUUUCCAUUUCCUAAUUUUAUCAGAGGAGAAUGAAUUUUCUCCUCCAGUGAUAUAGGACAAUAAUUUCUCUUCAGGAGCUGCUUUUACAUAACCUCCAGGAAAUGAGGCAGGGUGUGGAUCAUUGACAUGGUCAGAGGAGGCCCACAUCCCACCUUACUGAUCUCCUAACCUCUCUCCCAACCAGACCUCUCACCAGAGCUGGCAGCAACUUUGGAUUCCUUUCCUUUUUCCUGCCUGGCUUUUCAUUGAGAUGGAAAGCCAACAGGAGAGGAAGGAAAGAAAAACUGAAGGCUGGAUUAUAAUCAUAAAAUGCUGUAGCUGGAAAGGGCAUGGAAAUAACUCAGAUCAAACUCACCCAUCUGCUUCCCCUUUUUUUUUUUCCUAAUAAGGAACUUGAGGUCCAGUGCUUUAUGCCCUGUUGACACUGUAGUUUCCUAGGAUCUAAAUAAUCUUUUUAAGUUACACACACACACACAAUUUGCUAACGAGGAGGACACCCAAAUGAUAUAGGAAGCUUUUUGUUUUAAUAGCUUUUUUCUUUUAAAAUUUUUCAGGAUUAAAAUAUGCCUCUGUCCCCUGAAUACAUACCCAGAUAGGGGAAACCCCAUAAUGUGACUAAUGUGAAUAUGGAAUCUUGGGAAGUGAUAUAUUUUGAUUGGAAUAGUCAUCAUUUUAACCACCAAGGGUUAAAACCAUGCCAGCCCUUCAUUUUUCUUUGAAAAAAUCAAGAACUCCUUAGGGACUUAAAUCUUUCUCAGCCAGCCUUUUCCCCCAUCAACCAAAAGAGUGGUAUUCAGCCUGGUUUUUAGAAGUGAACAUAGUUGCUUAUAAAUUCUUGUGAGUUAGUGACAAAGCAGGUAUGUUUUUUUGGGUCAGGGAGAUUCUAGGGAAAGCUGCUGUUGAAUAGAUUUUGCUCCAAAGAUGAUAUAGAAAAUGCAUCUUUACACGUGAUUGUUACCCACUGUAGCUUUCUGAAGAAGAUCGUUCUAUAGGAAAAAGAGACAUAAGCAGAGGUCACAACCAGUUUAGAGAUCGGUUAAAUUGGAUGAAGAAAAAGUGCCAAGACUGAAUGUGCACAUUGUUCUAUGUAUUAUCAGUAUUUUUAUUCUAAGAAAAAUAUUUACACACUUUGCUUUGUGAGUAAAUGCUUCCUUAAUGUCUUGUUAAUAAGCGUGGCAGGCUCCCUCUCUACCUUUUCUGGUGUCUUAAAUCAACUGGUUGGACAGAGCUGAGCUAAGGCCAGGCUUAUUCAUCUUCCUUCCCUCUCAUUUAAUAAGAGGUAAAAACAGGCAAUGCACUCCUCAAAGAUUAAAUUAUUAGAGCUCAAGAGAAGCUUUUGGGCCCUGGGUCUGGCCCUUAGCCUGCAGCAGAACACUUCAAUUCCUAAGGAGAGAAUGUAUAACUGUGUGAGGGAAAAAAAUUAUCUUAAAUGCCAUCUAAUGGUUUUAUUGUUACUCUCAAUUUGUACAGACACUGUUGUCCUUAGGGCCCUUCCCCUUCCCACCUACAAACAGAAAAUGGGAUGGAUAUUGGUUUUCUACCUGCUGUCUUCACUGGAAUUGGAGAAGGGGCCUGGAUCCUUGUGGACCGCCACUGCGGGCUGCCUCCUCUCCAGCUCAUCAUAAAGAGCAUUUUGACAAAGACUCAGAACGGGGCAUGCCUGGUCAGGGAUGCUUCUGACCACAAAGAAAUGGCACAGAAUCAAAUGGGGUGAUGUGUUGUUUAUUUAAACAGUACCAGGGUGCAUUCUUCAGUGUGUGUUUGCCUGCUUAAGGAGAGGCCCAAGUUGAGAAUACAGUAAAGCAAACUCAUGAAAGUGAA